AUGGUUGAUAGGAGCUUCAGGGAUAUACUAGACAUUGCUGAACCCUUUGGUGGAAAAGUAAUUGUUUUUGGAGGUGAUUUUCUCCAGGUACUGCCAGUAAUUCCAAAAUUAACAAGGGUUAAAACAGUAAAUGCAAGUAAUGGGGAAGAUCCUACAACAAGAGAUGAUUUGGUACUUCUUCCAAAACAACUGGUUAUUGAAAAUAAGAGCAGUAGUACUGCUGAAGAUGCCUUAGUAGACCAAAUAUUCCCAUCCCUUGAUAAAAAUACAAGUUGUGUGAAAUACAUGAAAGAACGGGCUAUUCUAGCUAGCAGAAAUGAGUACGUUGAUCAGCUAAAUAAAAUGUUAAUUUCCAGAUUUCCUGGUGAAAGUAGAACAUUUCUUAGUUUUGACUCUGCAGAGGAUGACACCAACAAUUACUAUCAAGAAGAGUACUUAAAUACACUAACACCAAGUGGUCUACCUCCACGAAGGCUCAGAAGAUACACAGCUACAUUAGAUUCAGCUAUUUUGACAAAGUAG